UCUUCUGUUCACUGCAAUGCGACUUGUUACCACGCGGAGCGCCAGCAUCGCUGGAGCGUUCUGUCAUCUUUUGUGUUUAUAAACAUGGCUGCUAAAUACAAUUGGUGUGUGGCGUCUACCACAAAAUUAAUAGAGAUGUAUGAAGCGGAUGAGGCACUUUAUAAUGUGAGGCACCCUGAUUACAAAAAUAGAUUGAGAAGAUUGGAGAGCUAUAAAAAUAUAGCGGAGGUCAUUAGCCGUGACAUACGGCCUGGCUGUACGGUAGAAGAUAUUAAGAGGAAGAUCAAUGGCCUCCGUACUAGCUACGCGUGCGAGAAAGCAAAAGUACGUAUUGACAUAUUCAUUUAUAUUUAUUUAUGCAAGUAAAGUUUACAUGUCAUACAAAUGAUUAGCAUUAGCAUUAAUUUGUUCACUGCAGUGACUUGAAGCAUACAAUAAUGUUUACGUAACCUACAAGUAGUUUAAAUUACUUUCAUUAUUAAUAUUGCAGAUGCAUAAAAGCAAAAGUGGAGCCAGUGCGCAGGCGGCGUACACACCACAAGUGUACUGGUUCCAGAUGCUUAAAUUCCUCGACCAGUCUACUGAGGCCGACGAUAGUUUGUGCAACCUGGAGAGCCCUGAAAGUGAAACGGGAAGUGAACGUGCCACUCCGACAUAUGAGGAGAUGAGUGCGCAUGCGGUACAAGAGCCUGUCGCAUGUAGCGAGGCUCAGCCACAGCCCCUGCGUCAAGAGCGGCCUCCCACGAAAAGGAGGAGAGCCACGCCUGACGUGGCCACAAAUGUAAUGGUGGAGGCCACCAAGACACUUCAGGCUGUGGCUGAUGCUGCCAGAUCCAUGCCUGUCCAAGAAGACCGCUACGGCACCCUUGGCGCCCACAUCGCAGCAGAACUGCGUGAAAUGGAGAAGGUGGGCGGCAGGGAAUACACCACUGUCACUGCGCACAGUCUGCAGCGGACAUUAAUGGACAGGCGCGGGGCGCCUGCGCGCGGCUCCAGAAGCGCGCAGUCACGGCCGCCCGCGCUCUGCUUAGCGGCUGGACGCGGCCGUGAAUGCCGGCACGAGCGCGACGGCCGCCUUUGUGGCGUGACGCGCGCCUUUGUGGCGCGGCCCACGUAA